AUGGUUGAUGACGUCAACAUGCGCGACGAAAAAAACUCCCGACGUCACAUGAACAUGUUCCGGGGUCGGCUAAAAGCCUAGUGGUGUCAGGCUCAUCAUCAGUAUACCUCGCUGAGACAUUGAGAACCAACUGGCUCAUCUCAACUCUACAAGCUUCAAGGAAUGAAGAGCCUUCCGUACUUUUGCCGGGGAGAGGUCGUUCGAGGCUUCGGCAGAGGCAGCAAAGAACUCGGGAUUCCCACAGCAAACUUCCCCGACUGUGUUGUGGAGCACCUACCGGCUGACAUCAGCACGGGGAUCUACUAUGGAUGGGCCUGCGUUGGCAACGGUGACGUGCACAAGAUGGUGAUGAGUAUCGGCUGGAACCCAUACUACAAGAACACCAAAAAGUCCAUGGAGACCCAUGUGAUCCACAAGUUCAAAGAAGACUUCUAUGGAGAGACACUCAGCGUGGUCAUGGUGGGUUACAUCCGUCCGGAGAGAAGCUACGACUCACUGGAGGCACUGAUCGCUGCCAUCAACAACGACAUCUCGGAAGCCAAGGUCCAGCUCGAUCGACCCGAGCACCUCAAGCUGCGGGAUGACAACUUCUUCACUAGCUAUUCCGCUUCCUCUUCCACGGGCUCCUCCUCUCCUUCCUCUGCCCCACAGACGUUCAUCAACGGACACUGACACCGAGCGCCUCGUACGGCAUGACUGUUGCCGUGGCGACGCCUAACUGAAACGGCAACUUUAAUUUGGAUUCUUUUGUAUUAUUUCCAGUAUGCUCUAAUUGUGUAUGCUCUUUCGUUCUCUCUCACAUGCAUACAUAAGCCAACAAAUGUUAACAGUAAGUCAGGCAGGUUCAGUGUGUGUCAAAUGACACUAUGCAAAGUCAUUCAUAUACGCAGACAAGCUCGAAGCACUAUCUUUUGCAUUUCCAUUAGGUUUUCCCUUUGGUGGUCGUAACAUUGGUCUUGGUAAGUGGUUUAAGUUGCCUGUUUUGCAUGCCAGCUUUAUGGUUUGGCAAACGUCGACGUCAAAACAAUUGGGUCGCAAAAUCACAACUGUAAAAUUGGGUUCGAAAGCGACGUUCAAUACAAAUAAAACGUUUGUGUUCUUCUUAAACUACAACUUUAUUUUCCACUGAACGUAUUGAAAAGUUUUUGUUUUGUCAUGAAGCUUUUUUUUUUUUGCAACAAAAUGACAAUUUUCAUUUCCAAAAUUAUUUUUGAUAAAAAAAAUAUUUUUCCCCACUUAACACUCAGAUGUGGUCCAAGUUGAUGUCCAAAAAAGGACAUUAUUUUCUUUUACAAAAACCUCUGAUAGUCAUGUAUCCUGGUGUACAAAAUUAAUUCAUUCAAAAUUUAUCAAAAUUCAAUAAAUAUUUUUUCCCGUAUAGUUUUUCCAUUUAGAUUUAUUUUCACUUUUUUUUUCAACCCCUGGAUUUGUUUUCUUGUAAAUUUAUUUUCAAAUUUUUAUUCAAAUAAAUUAUUUGGAGAUAUUAUUAUAAAAUUACAUUAUUUUGAAACAUUCCUGUUUUUUUCUACAAACACGAAUAUGAUUUUUAAAAAAAACACAUUAAACAGAUUUUUCUCAUGAUUAAUUUUACAUGACAUUUAACCUAAUUCCGUAGUCUUCACUUUUCAUUGCAUGUGUUUGUUUCCUGAAAUUGCAAAUUAUUCAGAUUAAAUCAACAUUAAACAUUCAAAUUCAAUCGCAUUUAUCUCCCCUUGUGGAUUUACCCCAUACGAGCAAGGGGUUAAAAAAACAACUGCUUACCAAAGGCCACUGUUACGUCAAAGCUGAAACUAAAAACACUUCGUUCAGUUCAGCCAGUAACCUGAACUCUUCUAUCUUCAUAGCCCAGGAUCGUGAAACAUUGAUGGAAGCUCAAAAGUCCUUCACUCAGCAGACACAUCAUUUUGCCACUCAAUCACAGAAUUGUUUUCUGUGUUCUACUGGGGGGAUAAAUUAUAAAAUAUAUAGAUAUAUGUGUACAAAUUACUUGUGAAUAAGAGAUUCAUUUUGUGAUGUUGAGAUUUUGCGCUCUUGUCGGCUUGUUUUUUGAAAAAAACGUUUUGUAUUAAAAAAACUGGAAGCAUUAUAAUUAUGUUGAAAUAGAAACGCUGCCCUCCAUCUGUUUCGUAUUUCGUUCAAUAAAUCUGCUAAAAUAACUAUAAAAAAA